CAAAAAGGCAAAAAAGGUCCGAAAGACCUCCGUCGCCGCGUCGCGGCAGAAUGCUAAGGACACUCUGGGGAAUGAGUGUACGCAUCUGAUUUGGCAGCGCCGGUCGGAAUUCCGAAAUGGUAUUAGCCCAAAUAAAAAUGGCCCGGCGUCCCUAUUCCCGCCUUUUAUUUCUUCCUUGCCACUUCAAUAUCACACCGCAAGCGCCCUUACGGUCGCCAUUUCUCGCAGCCUUGCAGUCUAUUCCUGCCAACUCCGGUUCACUUGUCGUUAACUUUGGCUGUCGUUGCCCCAUGCCGCACUUCCAGAAGCAAGCAGCAAGAUCGUAUGCUCGUGGGAGGCGUUCAGAUUACGAUUUAUUUGGCGGUAAAGUUCCGGGGUCCAAGGAAUUUCGAAAAACUUGGGCAAAACAAAUGAACGACGAAGAGGAUUGCCUGUGGACAGCAAGCGAAGAUGACGAAAGCGAUAAGGAAGAUGAUCAUAGCCGUCUGAAAAAAGACAUCAAGAAGGCUAAGCAACGAGCGAAGGAGCAUUCUGAUCGUAUUGAUGCUGAUGACAGUGAUGAACUGUGGAGCGUGUGGUCCGGAAGUGAUGAGGAGAAGACACUUUGGACUGGUAGUGAAGAGGACGAUGACGAUGAUAUUCCGACAGAGCCUUACCCGAAUGAGAGGAGUGAUCAGUAUAUAGAUAGGUUGUUUGAGUUCGAGGAGAAACCGAAAUAUCGUACACUGUCCGAGGCAUUGAAAGAUGAGGAAGGACCUGAAGAGUUAUCACCUGGAAAACAAGCCAGGAAACUUGCUCUUCAGAAUGCAUUGAAGAAGCUGAAGAAAGGGCCAGAUGGGAGGUACACUAAUGUUUGGGAGGUGAUGAGUGAUUUGGACGUUUUGAUAGCAGCAUUCGAGAACAUUGUUUCAGGACCAGAAUACGAGGAACUUAGGCAAGGGGGGCCGAAGAAAUUGAAUAUGGAGUUUUUCAAGGAUAUUCAAGCUAAAAUGAGGGAUCCAAACUACAAGUUUUCGCCGGAGUUGAAGUUGAAACCAAAGAGCAAGUUUGUUCCGAGAAAGAGAUGGCAGAAGGCGCAAUCUAGACGUAGGAAAGCACAGAAGCGCUAGUCAAUCGUUGCCUUCAUUUUACCACCACAUUAUGUAAAUUCUUUUUUUCAUGCAUCUUAGUGCCUUUACCUAUCUUGAUCUACAUACUGUUCCAUAUCCAGGGAUGCUCAUUGUUGUCCCGAGUCAUAUUAACAAACUUUUAAUAUUUGCACUACUCAACUGCACUAUUUAUGUUUGCAAAAAAAUUUUUCCCUAUUAAUUCAGGACAAGAUAGAUUAUUUAGUUCA